UAAAUAUAUUGAAGAUAGAAUUCUCGGUAAUUAUUUUGUUGAAAAUGUCCAAAUGCCUAAUAGCGAGUUUAGCUCUGCUGCUAAUUCAUAGUUCGUCAGGCCAACAAUGUAGCACACUAUCGUUCCAACGUUUGUGUGUCACCGACGGUGCCAACGUGGUACUUGAAAACGAAAAGCUGUCAAUGACUAUUAACAAAACAAGGGGGCAGAUCAGUGCACUUUAUUACAAUUCUCGUGUUGAUCCUGGUAUCAGAUCAACUAACUUGCUAAGAGGCGGCUCUGGCUAUUAUCUUGCCAAUGUUGUUGUCGAUGGCAGCAGUUUGGCAGUCGAGCCUGUCAUGGGAAAUAUGGAAAUUACUCAGAAUGUGAGUGUUGCGACAAAAAUGUGAAAUACAAGAUAUUAUCGAAAGUCAAAUACUUGAAAAUGCCUUCUUUUAAGAAUCUCUCGAUUCAGGUUAAAAUUUUGACUUCCACCUACUAAUUUUCUGUUUUUAAGAAAUUAAAGGUAGUAGUAUAAAA